UGCACUUUCAAAGUGUGGGUGUCUCAUGCUAAAUAUCACAUCCAGGCAUACGGCUGCUUUCAGAACGUCUGUGUGGAGCUGACAGUCAUGAUGAAAGCUGUUCUGUAUGUCUGCUCUCUAUCACACUGCUGAGAAAAUUUUAAAAAAGUGCUGACAUCCAGGACUUCAAGACCGACUCUCCCAAGCAUCAGCAUGUCGACCGACCCCGCGGCUGAACUGCCUUUCUUUUAUGGAAGCAUCAGUCGCUCCGAAGCCGAGCAGCAUCUCAAGCUGGCCGGGAUGGCUGACGGCCUCUUCCUCCUGCGACAGUGUCUCCGCAGUCUGGGAGGCUAUGUGUUGUCUAUAGUGUGGAACCUGGAGUUUCACCAUUACUCCAUAGAGAAGCAGCUCAAUGGGACGUACUGCAUCGCUGGAGGGAAGAACCACUGUGGGCCUGCAGAGCUCUGUGAGUUUUACAGCAAGGACUCCGAUGGGCUGGUGUGCACCCUCAAGAAACCCUGCCUUCGUUCUGCAGACACAAAGAUCAAACCCGGAGUGUUUGACAACCUCCGAGAAAAGAUGUUGAAAGAAUAUGUGAAGCAGACUUGGAACCUGGAGGGAGAGGAAAUGGAGCAGGCCAUCAUCAGUCAAGCUCCUCAGCUGGAAAAGCUGAUUGCCACGACCGCCCACGAGAAGAUGCCCUGGUACCACGGUAAAAUCACCCGCCUGGAGGGUGAGAGGCGGCUUUAUUCAGGAGCACAACCUGAUGGCAAGUUCCUGGUGAGACAAAGAGAGGAUUCUUCCACAUUUGCCCUCUCCAUGGUGUAUGGCAAAACUGUUUACCACUAUCAGAUCCUUGAAGACAAAUCUGGGAAAAUCUCCAUGCCAGAGGGAACAAAGUUUGACACAAUCUGGCAGCUGGUCGAGUACCUGAAGAUGAAGCCUGAUGGACUUGUUACUGUCCUUGGGGAGGCCUGUGUUGACAUCAGAGCAACAGAAAAAACGCCCAGUCUUCCUGCAACAAGGAGACCUGGCACAAAUAAAUACACACCGCCACCUACAGCUCUGCCCAUGGACUGCAGCGGAUUCAACCCGUAUCAUAACCCCAACGACAUCAAGAAGUUCAACAUCCAGAGGGACCAGCUGCUGAUAGACGAGGUGGAGCUCGGCUCUGGAAACUUUGGCUGUGUCAAGAAGGGUGUCUACAAAUCAGAGUCGGGCCAAAUAGACGUGGCUAUCAAAGUGCUGAAAAGUGACAAUGAGAAACUGGUGAAGGAAGAGAUGAUGAGGGAGGCAGAGAUCAUGCACCAGCUGAGCAACCCUUUCAUCGUCCGCAUGCUGGGCCUAUGCAACGCAGAACACCUCAUGCUGGUCAUGGAAAUGGCUUCUGCAGGACCACUCAACAAAUUCCUCUCCACCAAUAAGGACACUGUAAGUGUGGAGAACAUUGUCAACCUGAUGCACCAGGUGUCGAUGGGAAUGAAGUACCUGGAGGAGAAGAACUUUGUGCACCGAGACUUGGCAGCCCGCAAUGUUCUCCUGGUCAACCAACAGUUUGCCAAAAUAAGUGACUUCGGCCUCUCUAAGGCACUGGGAGCUGACGACAACUACUACAAAGCUCGUACUGCAGGUAAAUGGCCACUAAAGUGGUAUGCUCCAGAGUCUAUAAACUACCACAAAUUCUCCAGUAAAAGUGACGUGUGGAGUUAUGGUGUCACGAUGUGGGAAGCCUUCACCUACGGAGGGAAACCUUACAAGAAAAUGAAAGGUAACGAAGUGAUUCACUUCAUCAAAAACAACAACCGCCUGGAAUGCCCGCCAGCCUGCCCAGAGCGAAUGUAUAAAUUGAUGUCAGAGUGCUGGACAUAUAAGCACGAAGACCGCCCUGAUUUCAAGAUGGUGGAGGAGUCCAUGAGGUCCUACUAUUACUCCAUUUCCAAGAAGGCCAAGCCUGAGGGAGCCUCAGCGGCUGAGCCUACCAAGUAGACAGAAAAGAGGCACAUUUUGUCCCAACACUGCACAAAGCGUCCUUUCAACAAGGCCAUUACACAGCCAAAACAAAGAGUGUUUCAUGAACAGUGCACACUGAACAGCUUUGAUUAUAGUACCAAUACAGCUAAACAGGACUCAGCAACAAUAAAAGUGCAUUUGUAAAUCAGACAUCAGCAUGUCCUUUGGAAGGAGGAUUUCUGUCUGAUAGAUGUGGUUUAAAUGCUAAGUGUCUUUAAUUGAUGAACAAACAAACUGAUGAUAUAUUCUGGUAUUUGGACAGUGGUUUUUAAGCUGAUUCACCACUUCUGCUGACAUCUAAGAGUUUUGUUGUUGUUGUUGUUGUUUUUCUUUUUAACAAAUAAAACACCAACAACCUAAU